AUGUCCUUCAACCCCCAAAAAGACAUCCCCUCCCUCGCCGGCAAAACCAUCAUCGUCACCGGCGGCAGCAGCGGUCUCGGCAAAGAAACCGUGCUCCAACUCGCCAAACACAACCCGCACCAAAUCAUCCUCACAGCGCGCACGCAGCAACGAGGCGAUGCCGCGAUCCAAGAGAUUGAGCGCGAGGUCCCCGCGAGCAAAGGCAAGCUCCAAUUCCUACAGCUUGACCUGGGGUCUUUGAAGUCUGUGAAAGCCGCCGCGGAGACGUUUGGGAGGGAUCAUGAUCGUUUGGAUGUGCUGGUUAAUAAUGCGGGAUUGAUGAAUUUGCCGCCGGGGUUGACGGAGGAUGGGUAUGAGGUGCAGUUUGGGAGUAACUAUAUGGGCCCAGCACUCUUCACCAAACUCCUCCUCCCAACCCUCCAAUCCACCGCCUCACAACCCGACUCCGACGUCCGCAUCGUGAACCUCAGCUCCGAACUCUUCAAGCAAGCCCCCAGCGAAGGCGUCCUAAUCCCCAAACUCAAAACACCCCUCACGGAAAUCAACAGCAUCGCCCGCUAUGGCCAGACCAAGCUAGCGGAUUACUACCACACCAAGAGCCUCGCGGAGAAGUACCCCAACAUCACGAGCGUGGCGGUCCAUCCCGGGCUUGUCAACACGGGGAUUCUGGAGGAUUGGAAGAAGCGGUCGCCGUGGCUUGGGUGGUUGGUCGGGUCGCUUGCGACUGUGGUUGCGGUAGAUGUGCAGAAGGGGGCGAGGGCGCAGUUGUGGGCUGCGACCGGGAGUGGGGUUAGGAGUGGGGCGUUGUAUAAGCCUUCGUUGAAGGAGUAUACGGAGAAGGCGUUAAAGGACGAUGCGCAGGCGAAGAGGCUGUGGGAGUGGACAGAGAGGGAGUUUGAGCAGCUCGGGUAUUAG